CAUUAACAAAGCAGAUAAAUUACACUUUGUUUCUUGAAAUUUAUAGCAACGAGAUACUGCCUAUACCGUGCUAUAGCAACAUUAGCUGUUUGUAAUAGAUAAAAAUCUGCUUACGAUAAGAUUUCUUGAAUGUUGAAUAUAGGUUUGAAGUCUUACAUAGAUAUGUUUUUAUGAUAUAUUUUUCAUUGAGACUUAACCACAGACUACAGUUAUUUGACAUGGCAAGCCUGGAGGUUCAUUACACCUUAAUUACUUCAAAACCCUGACCCUUCAUUUCACGUCCAUGUUCUUAUAUUAUGAUUUUGCUCACCGGUAACCAGUGCAAUAUUUAGGGUCCUUUUUUCCUUUCCAUCUCAACUAUUCUCUGUUUUGAGCAAAUUAAGUCCGUAUAGUAUUGUAACAAGACUGUUUUUCAAAAGAAUUUGAAUUGUUCCAGAAUAAAUCAACUUGAAGUUAAAAGACUUAACAGAUGGCUGCUAUUGUCUUUUUGUAAUAGUUCAUUAAAGCAUUUCUUUUGUGUUUUUGUGAUAAAAAUAAAGCCAGAGAAAAUAUAUGCAUUUUUGGAGUUCCAUCAAAUGUCAUUAAUAUAACUGCGUUGUAUAGCAAAGUUGUUGUUUCGCUAAAUGUUUGUUAUUCGCUUGUUUUCCUGCCUUUGGUAGACGUUCGACCCGUGAAAAUAUUGUUGCUUAAAUUCGCACAGAUAUGCCUUCCAAGAGUGGCGAUAUGAAGCAAGCUUACGAGGAUCUAAGGGAACAGUUGUCCAAGUUAAGUCGUGCUCUGAAGAUCCUUGAAACAAGAGCCUUGAAACAGACGUUUUCAACGAACGAACUUGCAUCAAAAGGCCGUAAAAUCUCUUCACUCAGGACACAUAAGACUGGAAGAGGUGAUGAAGUUGCUCUAAAGAAUAACCUCCCUGAUGGCCUAGAAAAACUCGAAAGGGCUUUGGAACUAUUCAGAGAAAUCCAGAAACAGAAGAAUACCGGAGAGUCAAAGAUUCAAGGAGCUUCAGUUGGAAGAAGAAGGAAAUCCAAAAGGUGUAUUCAUUUCGACAAAAUAGAAAGCGAUAUUACAAAUUACAAGAGCUUGAUCAGCGAAAUCUCAGCUCAAGCCGACACAGUUAAUCAAGUCGUUAAGGUUGGCAAUGCGAGCUUGCAGGAAGGACGAAUACCCAAAAACAAAGAGGAGAAGACGAGACAGGAGCUCGCAGCAAUAAGUAUAAGAUGGAAUGUACUCUGCGGAGACGUCCUCAAUACCUGCAGCAGCAUCGAGGCGUUCGUUUUGGAGAUGCAAAUGGAAUAUUCAAAGUUGAAUCUGUGGCUAAGUAAUUCUGAAGUCGCGGAUUCGUGGCUGAUGGAAUACGAGCCUCACGCAGAUAAACCAGAAAAGCUGGGAACGACGAUUCGAGUGGUGAGGUUGCAGCUUCAUGAAAACCAGGGAGUGCUUGACAACUUUAGGAAAUCUAAAACCAGAUUGCAGAACAUGUACGACAUAGCAGUUGCACUCAUGAAGAGCGGUCGGCUGGACGAGGAAGACGCGAACGAGUUGGAACGCGUCGUAAAUGUCCUCGUAGCAAAAUGGGAAUCGAUCGAUAAUCGGCUCAAUGCAAGCCGGGACCGGAUUUACGCCGAGAUUAACAGGUUAAGACAAAGAAAAGCGAAGCAGGGACACUCUAUCCUUCGAAGAUUUAGCUCAAAGAGAAAUUCAUCUUUUAGGAGAAAGAGAUCAAUGCGAAAGAAACGUGAAAUGCAACAAAGAAAGGAAGCCAGCUCUCAGCCGACAGAAAGAAGACCUAAGGUGUCAGUGAAGGAAGUUGUUAGAAGCUCAGCGUCAGUGGAUUUGAAUGCUUCCCUGGAUCCGAUAAGUGUUGUUAUGACAACAAAUAAAGAGUCAGAGGAGGACAAAUCAAGGUUGGAGAAACAGAAAGCUGCUUUUGAAUCCUUUGAUUCGUCUCUUAAGUCAUGUGAAAAGUGUCUUCACGAUCUUGACGAGGAACAACUUCAGAAAUUUUUAGCUGCUGGGUCAACUUGGAGCGAGCUCAACAAGCAGUUGGAGGGGAUUAUGACGUUCGAAGCGGAGUUGAAGAGAUCAAGAUCUGAAUUUGAAUCAGAAGUAGACAAGUUUGAGAAAGCUAAAGAAGAAGACUUGUUCAAGGACGCAGACUGUGAAAUCCUGGAAAAGAGAGUGCAAGGCCUAAAGACCAGAUGGGAUGAGUUGAUGGGAGAUCACGUCGCUAACAAAGAUCGUAUCACUAAAGCCAGCAUAGAUCUUAAUAACAAGUCGAUGCAGGAUAUGAACAAGGAAUUUGACAAAAUUGAGAAGCAAAUUAAAACACCCGAGAUAUACGACGAUGAACGCCUGUCCUUGGAAGAAAAUAUACUCAAACAGAAGAGACUGAUGGAGGAUCUAGACUCGUACAAUGCCCCAAUCAAGCAAGUGAAUGCUACAACUAACAACUUGUUGGAUAGAGGUUUGAUAGACGAAGCAACGUUUGCAAAGGUUCACGAGGAAACGGGUGCUCUUAUGGAAAGGCAAAGGAGGCUAAAGGGUUUAAGCAGGGAGAAUGGCGACAGACUAGCAACUGAGCUUCUCGAGUUCAAUCAGAGGGAAAAUGAAUCACCAUUACCAGUUGAAGAAGAAACGAUCCAGAUAAGCGAUGAUUACAGCAUGCUUGCUCAGUCCUUGGACGACUUGCUUGCAGAUGAUAUAUCUGAUGAAGGAUUUGCAGAACUGGACUCUUCCAGAUCGUUUUUAGAAUUGAAGAUGACUGAUUUUGAUGCACACGUCCAGUCCAUGAACAGUUGGAUGAACGAUACCGAGAAGUUAAUAAAUUCACUUCACGUGGGAAUGGAUCCCAUUGAAGUUUCCAAGAGAGUUCAACAAAUCAAGAUGUGUUGUGAAGAGAUCGAUAAAAAGGAACUUAAGAUGAAACGUAUAAAUAAACUUGGCGAGGAAAUAACUAGCGAGUCGCUCAACAUGACGACUACUGAAUCAGUUGAGGGAAGACUGGAAGUUCUGAACAAGAGAUGGCGUGAGACAAAGGAGAUGUUACGUGACUACAGCGACAAGGAUGAAGAUGAACGUGCCGAGUAUGGAGUCUGUUGUUGUCUCCAAAUGGUCAAAAAAGCGUUUCAUGCUUGCUUUUACAGUUAAUUGACGAUAAUUUAUGACAGAUAAAAUAUGCGCCUGAUUUUUCAGAGCACAAUUGAUCGAGUUUUUUUUAUUUUAGGAAAAGUACGAAUUUUAUUUCUGUUUGUAACGUUUACGUCCGAUUUUUUUACGCUUUCGACUAGUGAAAAGCAUUUUAAACAAGAGAUAUUUAAACCUAGAAUGACUUUUAAUUUUUGAUAGCAGUAUUGGCUGCCUUACAACUGGGUUGGUAUUUUCUAUGCAGAGAACUCUCAGUAUGUCAUCCAUGUGCAAAGAAAGCUGGUCAGACAAUCACAUGUAUAAAAUUACUGGAAGAAAAUUAGUUAAUUAGUUUUAUUUAAAUAUUAGAAAAGUUACAGUGUAAAAAGAUACAAUACUCUUAAUAUGACAAAAUGGGGAAAAAGACAAACAAACCAGAAUAAUAAAGCACUAUAGAAAAAAUAGGGCGAAAGCAACCAAGCAAUUAAUAUCCUCAGUUUUUUUACUGCACAUAAUGUUAAAUCACACCUGUCUUGGUUACUCAAAGUAGCAUUACGAUAAGCGAUAUAGCCGAGGGAUCUUCGGUCUCAAAAUGUAAAAUAAAAUUAGUAGGUUAAAAGAAUAUACUCGGGCUAACUUUUAAUUUCAGAUUAGCGAAAAUCCUGUAGAACCUCUCUGUUAAUAAAACAUCUAAUGAAGGUGA